AUGAGGCAUUCAGCCAGUUAUUUGCCCAGUAGUGCAGUAUUGUCUGAUGUUUGGGUUUUAUCAUCAACUCGACAAUCAACAACGGAAAGGGAUAUCAUUAAGACUUGGAAAUCCAUGAUUGAUAUUCAAGACCGCAGACCUGCUGAAGUUAGAAGAAUAGGAGUUGCAAACUUUGGUAUAGAGGAGCUAGAGAUGAUUAUAAAUGCGACUGGUGUUAUUCCAGAUGUCAAUCAAGUUGAGCUUCAUCCUUGCUGCAACCCACAAAAACUCUUUGAAUACUGUAAAGACAAAGGAAUUCAGCUUGUGGCAUAUAGUCCUUUGGGUUCGAUUGGAUCCCCUCUCCUGAAUCAUCAAGGGUUGAAGAACUUAGCAGGAAAAAAAUGGUGCAUCAAUUGCUCAGUGCUUAUUAAACUGGGGGGUUGCUCAAGGUUGGCCCGUCAUUCCCCGUUCAUCUUCGAAAGAAAGGCUACUUCAGAAUCAUAA